UCUGAAGUCUUUUUAUUAGAUAGAAAUUUCACUUAUAUAUAUGGUGGUCCACUUUGUGUCUCUCAUGCAAUGAGGUAGGGAAGUAUGUUUCUACAAUAGACUUCAUCAAUGGAAAGACAUGCCCAUGUGAUCUCUUGAUUUUUCACAAUCUACUGUCCCUCACAGGUGCGCAUCUUCGCCACUCAUUUCAUGUAGCAAACAGAUAGUGUGUCUUCACCACUCAUUUAAAGAUUGUCCACAGAUCCUUCUUUCUUCUAUAUAUAAACCGAUUAUUUGAGAUCAGGAAGUUAAGUUUUCUCCUUGCCUUGAAUUCAAAACCUUCUCUGUUUCCCAAGUCCUUCGAACUCUUUUCCGCUUUCUUCAACUCAUAUAGAAACCAUGGGAUUCCGGUUGCCUGGAAUUGUUAAUGCCAAAAGUCUUAUUCAAUCUCUAUCUGCUGCUAAGACCUUAGAUGUCCCAAAAGGUUAUCUUGCAGUCUAUGUUGGGAAGAAACAGAUGAAGAGAUUUGUGAUUCCAGUAUCAUAUUUGAACCAACCUCUGUUCCUGGAUUUGCUGAGUCAGUCUGAAGAAGAAUUUGGAUACGAUCAUCCAAUGGGUGGUCUCACAAUUCCUUGCAGUGAAGACACCUUCCUUUAUCUCACUUCCCGCCUAAGUGUGUGAAGGAACACUAAUGAAGUGGAUCUUGGAUCCAAAA